AUGUGCGAGAUCUUGACUCUAGGCAAAGACACUGCUUGGAGAAGGAUUGAUAAGGUACCACCGUCAGGUAAGUACUAUAAAGAAAAACAUGGUUCUGUUUGUGUGAAUGGUUCCAUAUAUUGGAUGGAUUACGAGAAUUCUGCUACCAUACUAGUGGCAUUUGAUGUUGGGAGGGAGGAGUACAGAAUUAUAUCAAACCUUGAUUUCCUUAGCUACCGCGAGUCUGGCCUUGAUUUCAUUAGCUCCCGUGUGUCUUUCUAUCUUAUGGAGCUGGAUGGGCAUCUAGCUAUAAAAAAGAACACAGGUGAUCACAAUGUCAACCUGUGGAUACUUGAUGAUGAAUGUGACAAAAACAUCAGUACUAGAAAUACUAGUAACAUCAAAUGGACUAAAGAGAUUAUUACAUUACCUCUUGACAGGAGCAAUUCAAAUAUUCGGUUUCAAGUCGUUGGCGGGACAGAGUACUUGAUCUUAGAAUGCUAUGGGGGUUAUUAUGAACCGCCUGUCUGGGUUCACUGUUACAAUAGGGAAAACAAGACUUUCAGCAGAAUUAAAAUUACUGGAGAUGGAAGUCCCAUAUCCUUGUUAGGUGCCUAUAUUGGUCAUCCCUUUCACAUGUUUACAACAUAUGUUGAAAGUCUUUUAGCCCUUCAAAGGAGUCAUAGGCCAUCAAUGAAGGCACCAGACACGAGCUCAACCAAAUAA